AUGGCUUCGAUCAAUGAUCUGGCCACGGCCGCGGUAUCAGCGCUCGCCGAAGCCCCCCCUCCAAGAGCUCCGCCUUCCUCAUUGCCCGAUUCGGCUCAGAACCAGAUUGAUGAUCGCCAUCCCCGUGAACCCCCCGUGGCGCGGGGCGCGCUUGUAGUCCUCGAGGGCUUGGACCGGAGCGGCAAGACGACGCAGGUCAAGCUUCUGGAGCAGCGGUUCGUCGAGCUGGCGCGCAAAGUGAAAGUAAUGCGCUUCCCGGACCGCACAACGCCAAUUGGCCAGAUGAUCGACUCGUACCUCAAGAGCCAGGUCGACAUGGACGAUCACGUCAUCCACCUGCUCUUCAGCGCGAACCGGUGGGAGGCAGCUAAAACCAUCACUUCGCUCCUCAGCUCGGGCGUAACCGUCCUCUGCGACCGCUACUACCACAGCGGCAUCGUCUACUCGGCCGCCAAGCAGAACCCGUCCCUCACGCUGUCGUGGGCGCGCGCUCCCGAGGUCGGCCUUCCUCGGCCGGAUCUCGUGCUCUUCCUGGACCUGGACGAGUCGCAGGCGAGGUUGCGCGGCGGCUGGGGCGGCGAGGCGUACGAGAAGGCCGAGAUGCAGCGGCGCGUGCGGGAGCUCUUCUGGGGCCUGAGCCUGGGCAAGAUCGAGACGGCAUCUGUCAUUGCUGAGGAGGGCGCUGUCGGCCCGAAGGAGGAGCUCGCGGUUGGCCCGCCGACCACGCAGGCGCUGACGGGGACAGAGUACCGGUUCCGGCAGGAGGAAGAAGACCUCCACGUUGUUGACGCCAGUUCCUCUGUAGAAGACGUGGCUGAGGAGAUAUGGAAGGUGGUCAAGGCGAGGGUGGAGGCCGUCGAGAGGGGCGAGGUCGGGAGAGCAGUAAGGAAAGUCUCCUGA